AUGGAUCAUAAUAAUGAUACAUUGUUAUUCAACGCUCUUAUUCUCUCAAAAGUUGAAGAGUAUUCCUCUUCUCAUAUUGGCAGUUUCUGUUCGCCAGAUAGUUUGAAGUUAGAUGACUGGGCGCCACUGCUCUCGAUUAUCAUAUCUAGUGGCGACUCUUCACAGCACAUGAGCUUGGAAUCUUGUAAAGAUUUCAUAUGUAGGAACGCUACGAUCGCUAUAGAUCUGAAUAAGGCAUAUGCUCUCAAGUCGUUUUGGGCUGUGAAAGCUACAAUCUCUGACUUACUGCAACAAGAGAGUAAGGGGGGUCUAGGAUCAGGCACACUGACGAGUGGUAACAGUGGCCAAAGUAUCCAGGAUGCUUUUCAAGAGAUCUACGAGGGUGAUUUGCCCGAGGCAUUCAUAGAUACUCUGGAUACUUAUGCCGCUUCGGCUAUGGGACCUCCAGCCAAAGAAAGAGCCUAUAAUAAAUCGAUCUCAAUUAUUCAGUCGUCGGGCACCGGAAAGUCCCGGAUGGUGGAAGAAGCAGCCAAACAUGUCUUUACUAUUCCAAUCAACAUUCGUGAAGAUCUUCCAAUCGGCACAUAUGGCAAGUCUUUUUCUUACCCCCCAUCAGAUGUUCAUUUACGGCGUUACUUCGAAGGACAUGAGUACAAAAGUGAUGAUCUUUUGCAAGCUGGAUACACCAUCUUCUUCAAAUUACUGUUUGAUUCUGUGAUUGACAUGGCCAAGACGAUAGAGAAUGGCUCCAGGGGGCCCGAGCUAGCCGCAGCCUGGGCUAAACAUCUCGGGGAAGGUCAAAACAUUAGCUCCGUUGGGCCCAACCGCAAGAAAUUAUACACUGAUGUGAUUAAUCGGGCAGAAAGCCAAGUGGCUUCUUUGCCGACCAUUAAGGUCCUUGAGGAGGGCAUUUAUACACUGAAGGAUUCUGCCGAACUGUUGCGUUUGCAUUCGGAUCUGAAAAAAUCAUGGCAAGCGCUCGAGAAAUUCCUGGUACCCCACCACAGAAAUGAAUACCGUAAUGUUUGCUUCGUUUAUUUUGAUGAGGCACAUGCUCUCACUAAACCCCCUUACAAACUCACCCCCUCUCGUUCCAUGAGUCCAUAUCAUAACCUGGGAAGAGUCUUAUCCGAGCUCCACGCGGCCCCUAUAUUCUUUAUUUUUCUCUCAACAAACUCCCAUCUCCAACAGUUUGCUCCACCGCCUGCAAAUCACCCAUCGGUCCGUGUAAAUCGAGGGCAUUCUCUUUUCCCACCUUUUACGGAGCUUCCAUUCGAUGUUUUCGUCACAAAAGUACUGAGGGGCUUGGAGAAGUCCCCUGGCUAUGUGUCUUUGACCAUUGCACAAGGAAGACGGGUGAUGUCGUGCUUUGGACGGCCCAUGUGGCAUUUGCAUUACACAUUGUGGCGAAAGCAACAAGAGCAGAAGACAGAUCGGGGCUUGUCAUCCAACUCUGAGCCUGUCUCUGUGCCUGACGUUCUUACGUUUGCUAUCGAUAAGCUCACCGCUCAAGGGUCACUUGAUAAGACUCCUCAAUCAAGACUAGCUGCCAUCGGUGUGCGUAUUGGAAUUUCUUUUGAUUCAUCAACGUACCUGUCCUGCCAGGCAGAGGCUCAACACGUAGAGUCUCACAUGCGCAUUGUUUAUGCGAUCCCUGAGCACCGUAAAUAUAUGCGGACAUGCUGUCCUUCCGAACCAGUUCUAGCUGAAGCUGCGGCGCGGUACCUUGACCAACGCUCGAAAACCGGAAUUGCAGGGGAAGGGCCUAGAGUUCUGGCCGAAAACUGUCAGAACGGGAUCCUUGCUCGAGGCGAGCGAGGCGAACUCUGUGGGCGACUACUUGUUACCAUCGCUCACGACAUUGCAAUUAAGCAAUACAUUCAGCCAAGGAGUCUAGUAUUUCCACAAUUUCAUCGACCGGUGCCAGUUCUUGACUUCCUUCGUGCACUCUUUGCCUCAAACCACCACACCACGGUCCUAGGUGCCACUCCAGUCGCUAGUAGCUUCCUUGACAGUCCAAACCAACCUCCUACCUUAGAAGAGACAUUCCGUAAUACUUUUAUCUUUUUCUCGCACUUCGAACUGGCCAAGGACUCUCAAGUACUGGAUGCUUCUCUGCUCCCAUAUGCUCUCCUGCGUGGAUACGCUCUUCAGGCUAAGGCUGACCAGGUUUCAAUUGAUGCCGUAAUUCCGGUCCAUAUGGGCUCCGAGGAUAGCCCAAUCACGCCAGAGACCACAUCGGCCAUCAACCUACAAUUCAAGAACCGAAAGCAAUCCGAAACCUGCCCUGUCAAUCGAUCGAUUACUGUUCCAAAUCACAAGUUGCCUGUGAUUUCGAUUGUAUUUGAACUUGGAGAACAAUCACCGAGCUCCUCAUUCGUUGGUGUCUACCAUGAGGACCACCGUAUCACUCGUAACCAACCUGUUCCCCACCGCGAUGACCUCCACUUUACUUUGGUCGCUCGUGGCUGUGGGCCUGAUACAUUCAACGCUGUUUCUGAAGAUACUAAGUCGCUCUACGAUAUUAUACUUUCUAACAGAGAUAUGCUGGACGAUUUCCCCCGAAAUGAGCGGCCAAAAUCGGUAGCUUUUCUUGACACUUUUUCACCAGCAUGGAGCUCGUCUGUUUCGCGACAUGCGACGUUGUUUAAGGGAAGGUCGGUAUGA